AGCAGAAAACAGAUACAAGGGGGGAAAGUGCCUUGUCAUUAAUAUUCUCUCGUCAAACUGGACUGCGUAGCCAAGUGUGGGUCUGCUCUUUGCUCCAAAUCGACCAGGAAGGAGGUUGUGGCGGCUGAACGCGGGCAGAGCUGUGUGAAACAGGCAUUGGAGAGGUCUGGUCAUGGCUUCUGAAGUUGCUGUCGCAGUCCGAUUAAAGGAGGCAGAGAAACUGGCUCAGUGCCUGAGUGAAGCCAUCAGCGGUGGGGACGGACAGGAGGCCGUCAAGCUGUCACAGAGGCUGUCAGAGCUCUGUGUCCCAGUGUCUGUCAGUGUCCAGAGUCAGGCCUACCCUCAGGACUCCUUACGGCUGAAGGUGGGAGUGGAGGAUGCUCAGUCAGAUAACUACAUCCCAGUGACAGUUGAUGUUUCUCCCAACAUGACAAUAGCACAGCUCAAAGACAAGAUCAACCAUGACUACGGGUUCCAUCCUUCGCUGCAGCGCUGGGUGAUCGGCAAGCGGUUGGCACGGGACCAAGAGACGCUGUUCAGCCACGGUGUCCGUCAGAACGGAGACCAGGCGUUCCUGUUUAUCCUUUCUGCCCAUGCCGCUCAUCUGUCACGGCAGCAGCAUCAGCUGGACCAGGAGCAACACCUCCUAGAGGGCAUCAUGGAGUCGAUGUCUCUCAUGCCCAGAGGUGCGGGGGCAGGUGUGGGUGAGAAGACGCCUCCUCCCCCAGAGACUCCUCCUCCUCUUCCUCCCAGAACACCUACUGUCACUAAACCUGCUGUCCCUCCCAAACCUCAGCUGGGUUGGGCCUGCAGCCACUGUACUUAUGUGAACAAGCCAACGCGUCCCGGCUGUGAGAUGUGUGGAGGGGAACGACCAGAGGACUACCAAGUGCCUGACAUCUACCAGCCAGAUGAGGAAGAGAUGGUGCGCAUGCAGCAGGAGGAGCUGGCCAUGUUGCAGUACGAACAGUCUCUGGUGGACGAGCGAGAGAAGAACUUCCUUUCCCUGCUGGAGACGGAUGAUCACAGCCUCGUCACCAACCCUGGAGAGAUCGAUUGUCCCAUCUGCUUCGGUUCUUUGGAGCCAGGGGAGAGUGUCAUGCUCAGAGAGUGUCUGCAUAGCUUCUGCAGGGAUUGUCUGAAGCAGACCAUAUUGAACAGUCAGGAUGCUGAAGUGUCUUGCCCAUUCAUGGACAAUGACUACAGCUGUGAAAGCACGCUACAGGACCGAGAGAUCAAGGCUCUCCUAACAGAAGAGGAGCACCAGAAGUUUCUGGAGUUGCGCCUGAGCAUCGCAGAAAGCCGCUCGGAGCACAGCUUUCAUUGCCAGACCCCCAACUGCGCAGGCUGGUGCAUCUACGAAGAUGAAGUGAACGAGUUCCACUGUGAACUCUGCAACGAAACCAACUGCAUUCUCUGCAAGGCCAUCCAUAAGGACAUGAACUGUAAGGAGUACCAGGACGACCUGCGCAUCCGAGCAGAAAAUGAUCUGGCGGCCAAGCAGACUAAGCAGAUGCUGGAGGGCUUGCUGCAGAAUGGGGAGGCUAUGCACUGUCCUCGCUGCGACGUCAUCGUCCAGAAAAAAGAUGGCUGCGAUUGGAUUCGCUGUCUGAUGUGCAAGACAGAGAUCUGCUGGGUCACUAAACAGGCUCGCUGGGGACCAAAUGGCCACGGAGACACAUCAGGUGGCUGCAGAUGUCGAGUCAAUAAUCAGCUGUGUCACCCCAACUGCCAAAACUGCCACUAAGAUGAAUACACUUGCGCACACGCAGCACAGACGUAUGCCACCAAAACAAACGCAGGACUUUACCACCUUCAUCACCUGUUUUGCCAGCCUUGCUGCUGGCAACAUGACAAUAUCUUUUGGAUAUGACCAAGUGGUGGUCCUGCCCUGGAGGCACAUGUUUCCUCAGUGGUGAGCGGUAAGAGUAUAGAUAUAAGAGAGCUAUUUCCAUAGGUUGAAAUGGACCGCGACGGAGAUUGUCACCUGUUUUCCAUCCUCACAACUAACAAUUCCAACAGCCAGUGGGACUGAUAACACCAGACAGACAUAGCUUACCAUAAAGCCCUGGCAUUUUGUUAAAAAAUGUUACAAAAUGCUAAAAAAUGUCACAAAGGUGUACUAUGUUGUUCAGGGGAUGUAUUCUAACAUAUACAACUGCUAACUCUCUAUAAACAAAUAUUUUUGGGGGGCAGAAAUCUUAUGGAAUUGUGUUAAUUGGGUAAUAUGUCAGGUAACAUAGUUACUAUGGACUGUUUAUGUAUGUGAAGGAAAAUGAUUUAUCUUGCAUUCCUUUAUUUAGUACAUUAAGCCAAUGUGUUUAUAAUGCAGAACAAGCUACUAUGACCUACUGAAUGACUCUGAAGGAUCAUAAAGUAUCCUUGUCUUUUCGAUAUAAGUAUUUCUUAUGAAUGCUAAUGGAUGGGUGGAUAAAUAAAAAUGCUAUAUUGUCAUUAGGUUUACAGUUAUCUUGUAACUUGAGUGUUAUUUCUUCAAGGAAUGCAGAUGAAGAUGCACACCCAAACAUUUGAGGCUAGGUGUAGACUUUGAAGGCAUUAAAUGAAAAAUUAGAGAAACAGUGCACUUUGUCUUGCUCCCAUAUUCAUGCUUUACCUGCAUUAGCAGUAUAGGCCUACCAUGCUUCACCAUGUAGCAUCCACCUGGGGUCUCUUCCUUAAUGUUCCUCUACAAAGUGAUGUGCCUCGAGAAAUGUCAAGGAGGACCAAACGUAUUUUAUUAAGUGCCUGGUCCAAGGUCAUCAAGUCACUGCCUUAUUAAA